GGGAGAGGGGAAUAUAUGCCCUGUUGGAUACAGAGGGGUUCUAGACUGCAAAAAAUGAAGACACUUACAAAUAUCCUACUUAUGGGCUUAGCUAUAGGCCUGCUAGUGAUGCUGACGGCGGAGGCCCAGUGUACCAAUGGUGUUAAAGAACCAGCAGACUGUGGGGACAAUGAGGAGUACAGUAUGUGCAUGAACAAUUGCCCCCUGACCUGUGCCAAUAGGGAUGACCCUCCUAAUUGCAUCCAAGUGUGCCUGGAAGAGGGGUGUCAGUGUAAGAACGGGUACCUGAGGGACAGUAAUGGGGCCUGUGUCGUUGAGAGCGAUUGCAGUUGAGCUUGCAGUCUGGGCCGGAGCCAACGCCAUGUUUUCUCAUCGGAACCUGGAGUCAUAGUUUGGCAUGAAACUAAUAAAACUGACCAAUAAAGGUGUUACUCCUCCAA